GCUGAAAGUUCAUCAUCAUCAUCAUCACUCCAGCCAGUUUUAUGUAUCCUCCUUGGUGCGUGCAGUGGCGCGUAGGCCGGUUAUGGCGCCGUUCAUUUCUCUGAAACGUGUUUAUGCAAGCGGCUGGGGAUGAUCCGUAUCGAUUUCAGUCGCCGGUGAUGCAUUACGUGCAGUUAUGCACAAAUUGAGCUGACUGCUGCACCUGCACAGCUGACUGCUGUACGUGAUCGCGAUGAGCUUAAUCUCAGCCGGCUUGAAGUGCAGAGACUUGCACGCGUACCUGAAAACCCUUUCGCCGGCUACUCUGGACAACCUCUACACUCAUCCAGCAACUUGUUUGGCGGUCUUUCGAGAGCUGCCAAGCAUAUCACGUCAUUAUAUUAUGCGAUUGCUGUUCGUUGAACAGCCUGUUCCCCAGGCUGUGGUGUCAUCUUGGAAUGAACAAAAAUACGUCAAGGACCAUUUGGAAGCACUUGAGGCACUCACUGCACUACACAUUUGGACAGAUGCCAGCCUUCCUGGUGGACUUCCAGGCUGGUCGCUGAGUGCAGUGUUUAGGAAGCACAUUCAGAUAGCACUUCUUGGAGGUGGAAAACAAUGGGCUGUCUACAAUGCUCUUGAAAAGGACAAGCACGGAAGAGAUGCUGCGUUUCUAGACCAAUACGCUGCUGAGCGAUGGGAGUGUGUCCUUCAUUUCAUGGUGGGUUGUCAUACAACAGAGGGCAUAAGCGUAGAUGCAGUCCGAACACUGCUCCAUGCUGGACUCAUGAAAUCGGAAGAGGGCGAAGGCAGCUCACCAUUGAUAACUAUGGAGGGCUUCCAGUUCUUACUGAUGGACACAGCUUCUCAAGUGUGGCAUUUUGUGCUUCAGUACUUGGACACUCUGGAGUCGAGAGGCCUGAACCUGGUGGAAUGUCUAACGUUCCUUUUCCAACUUAGUUUCCUCACUCUUGGGAAGGAUUACAGCACUGAAGGCAUGUCAGAAUCUCUGCUAGUUUUCCUGCAGCAUCUGAGGGAGUUUGGACUUGUUUAUCAAAGAAAGCGGAGGUCAGGUCGUUUCUACCCAACUCGGCUUGCCAUCAACCUGGCAUCUGGACUGAAGGAGACUACCCUGCGCAGCUUUGAGGCAGGUUACAUAAUGGUUGAGACCAACUACAGGGUGUAUGCCUACACAAAUUCUCCACUCCAGGUAGCCCUGCUAGCACUGUUUUGUGAGCUGUUGUACAGGUUUCCAAACCUUGUUGUUGCCAGACUAACAAGAGAGAGUGUCCGGCAAGCACUUCGUAGUGGCAUUACAUCAAAUCAG